CCUAAUUCAUGGCGGAUUUCGCCAAAGAAAUCCUCGUCAAGCCCAUCCAAUACGCCGACGAGGUCGCCAAGCUCGCCGACGGCGCCGUCUCCUUCCGCCAGGACUGCCUCGACAUCAAAGCCAAGUCGGAAAAGCUCGCCGCCCUCCUCCGGCAGGCCGCCCGCCUCCGCGGCGACCUCUACGAGCGCCCCACCCGCCGCAUCAUCGACGACACCCAACAAGUCCUCGAAAAGGCCCUCACCCUCCUCCUCAAGUGCCGCGCCGCCGGCCUCAGCCGCCUCUUCACCAUCAUCCCCGCCGCCGCCCCCCGGAAAAUCGUCCAGCAACUCGACAACUCCGUCGGCGACGUCACCUGGCUCCUCCGCGUCUCCACCCCUGUCGACGACCGCGAUGACUAUGACUACCUCGGCGGCCUCCCGCCCAUCGCCGCCAACGAGCCAAUCCUCUGCCUCAUUUGGGAGCAGAUCGCCGCCCUCUGCUCCGGCUCCGUCGAAGACCGGGCCGACGCCGCCGCCUCCCUCGUCUCCCUCGCCCGCGACAACGAUCGCUACGGCAAAUUGAUCAUCGAAGAAGGCGGCCUCCCGCCAUUGCUCAAAUUGGCGAAGGAAGGCCGGAUGGAAGCUCAAGAACACGCCGCGAAAGCCAUCGGAUUCCUCGGCCGCGACCCCGAAACCGUCGACUCCAUCGUCAACUCCGGCGUCGGUCCCGUUUUCGCCAAGAUCCUCAAAGAAGGCCACAUGAAGGUCCAAGUCGCGGUCGCUUGGGCCGUCGCCGAACUCGCGGCGACUCAUCGGAAAUGUCAAGAUCACUUCGCGCAAAACAACACUAUCCAGCUCCUCAUUAGCCAUCUCGCUUUCGAGACAAUUCCCGAGAGUAGCAAGUACGCCAUCGUCGCAAAUCGAGCUGCUGUCGCAAAGCAGCCGAUCGGGUUUCCUGCGACGACGCAAAUGCACAACGUCGUUACGAACGCUACCGCGAUAAAAUCGAGCACGCCGAAGAAAAAAAACCCCAUUUCUGCGGACGAUACGGUAAAAAAUCGAAAGAAGAAAAAGACCCAUCAUCAUCAUCUGACGGGAGAUCGAGGUGACAGCAUCAAGCGACGGGAGCUCGAAGAUCCGGCGAUCAAGGCGGAGAUGAAGAUCAUGGCGGCUCGAGCGCUUCGAUACCUCUGCGCGGGAAACACCGCGAUCUGCAAGAGCAUAACCGAGUCGCGCGCGAUGUUAUGCUUCGCCGUAUUGGUGGAGAAGGGCAACGACGAAAUCCAGUACAAUUCAGCCAUGGCGUUGAUGGAGAUCACGGCGGUGGCCGAGGAGGACGAGACGCUCCGGCGGUGGGCGUUCAAGCCCACCGCGCCGGCAGCUCGAACAGUCAUCGAUCAGUUUCUAAAAAUCAUUCACAAGGAAGAUUUAGACCUUCUAAUUCCGAGCAUCCAAUCCGUCGGAAACUUGGCAAGAACUUUCCGGGCGAGCGAGGCGAGGAUCCUCGCGCCGUUGGUGAAGCUCCUCGACGACCGCGAGCCCGACGUGAUGUGCGAGGCGGCGAUCGCGCUCAACAAGUUCGCGUGCCCGGAGAAUUUCCUCAACGUGCAAUAUUGCAAGGCCAUAAUCGACGAGGACGGGAUCAAGCAUCUUGUCCCGUUGGUGUACUUUGGCGAGCAAAUGGUGCAAAUCCCGUGCUUCGUCUUGCUAUGUUACCUCGCAAUGCAUGUCCCGGAGAGCGACAUUUUGGCGAAGGAGGAUGUGCUUAUCGUGCUCGAAUGGGGCACGAAGCAACCGAACUUGAUGCAGGACAAGAACAUCGAGGCGUUGGCGUUAGAAGGGAAGAAGAGAUUGGAGUUAUUUCAGUCGAGGAGGAAAGGGUACUACUGAUUCCGAUUCUGUUGUACUAUUACCUAUAAAAUAUACAUAGCGUUUUCUCGAUACAUUGUGAAAAUAUUCUAACAUUGGCGCGCGAUAACUUAGCGUGCUCACCGAUAUAGUGGUAGUUAGCCGUUGAGGAAGACGGAGGAGUGCCGUAGCGUAGAGCUAGUGUUGUUUUUGUGUUAUGUACUUGUCGAGUUCUCGGUUUUUCGAUCGAUAUG